UACUAGAAUAAUAAUGUUUAUGUUGUUAUCUUUUUGUGUGUUUACUUCCACCAUCUACUUAUCUUAUCAGUAUAACAGAAACUAAAAUUGAUAACGAGCCCUGUCGGAGCCAUCGCCAUCGACGUCAUGCGGCUUCGGAACCUGCUGUUUCGCACGCUUAUCGGAGCCACUUGCUUGUUUGUGUUUAACGAGUUUAUUAUCUAUUAUCUGGUACUGAUUCAGUGUCAAUGGCCUGGGAAAUCACGGUCCGUGGAUGGCCAAGAACCGGUCAAGGUAAUGCUGUUGGCGGAUACCCACCUUUUGGGACCGAUUCAUGGGCACUGGUUCGACAAGCUCCGCCGGGAGUGGCAAAUGCAUCGAGUUUUCCAGUCAGCCAUGACCUUAUUCCGCCCGGAAGCUGUUUUCAUCCUGGGAGAUAUAUUCGAUGAAGGCAACUGGGUAAACCAGAAGGAAUUCGACUUGUACGUCGAUCGCUUCAGAAAACUGUUCCACACACCCCGAGGCACAGGAUUGUACAGCAUCGUGGGAAACCAUGACAUCGGAUUCCACUACGCCACCCAUCCGUAUUUGGUACAUCGGUUCGAAAAGACGUUCAACAACACCGGCGUAACGUUGACCAGCAUCCGCGGAGUGAAUUUCGUGCUGAUCAAUUCGAUCGCCAUGGAGGGCGACGGGUGUCAGCUGUGCGAAACGGCUGAGAAGGAAAUUCGGCACGUGUCGGCCAUUUUCAAGUGUGGCCGUGGCGUUGGCCAAUGCAGUGGAGUGCCCAAGCUGGAGGAGUACAGCCGACCCAUAGUGAUGCAGCACUUUCCAACGUAUCGCGAUUCGGACAAGGAUUGCAAGGAACACGAUGCCCCACAGGUGGAACCAUUCCGGGAGCGAUGGGAGGUGAUUUCGAAAGAAUCGACCGAUUUGAUAGGCGAAUUGUUGAACCCUCGGUUGGCUUUCAGUGGCCAUUCGCACCAUUAUUGCUUCGUGGAGAGAAACCGGUUGGGCAUUGAAGAGUACACGCUGCCAUCGUUCAGCUGGCGAAACAAAAAUGAUCCCAGCUUUAUAUUGGCGAAAAUAUCUCAAACUGGUCACGCAGUAUCUCGCUGCAUGAUGCCUGUGGAAACAACGGUUAUCAAACUGUACCUAGUCGGAGGUAUUCUACUGGUGCUGAGCUCGAUCUUCCGAUUGGUUAAGUAUCUCUGUCAUUUAAGUGUAUUGUUCAAUGCUCGAAAAAGCACUACAAACUAGCCAAGUAAUGAUAUUAUUUUCAUACGCUACCAUGGGAAAUGUUUUAUAUUGUAAGUGCAAAGUGUGUUAUAGAUAGUGAUAUUCAAUAGAGUCUCAGAAUAUAGCGGCAGGCCAUUUUAUUUAUUUUAAAACAUAUAAGUUUACGUAAAAAAGUUAUAAAAUUAAUUGUAUACAUAGAUGCAUUAGCUAUUAAAGUUUUUGAUGUGUGCUGACAAAUA